AUGGAUUUCAGGACCACCUGUGAAGAGACAAAGACAGGGAUUUGUUUGCUGCAGGAUGGUAACCAGGAGCCUUUCAAAGUGCGACUGCACUUAGCCAAAGAUAUUUUGAUGAUCCAGGAGCAGGAUGUGAUCUGUGUGUCUGGUGAGCCUUUCUAUUCUGGUGAAAGAACAGUAACAAUUAGAAGACAGACUGUAGGAGGAUUUGGAUUAAGUAUAAAGGGUGGAGCAGAACAUAAUAUUCCAGUGGUCAUUUCUAAGAUUUCCAAAGAACAAAGAGCGGAACUUUCAGGUUUGCUCUUUAUAGGAGAUGCAAUUCUACAGAUUAAUGGAAUUAAUGUGAGAAAAUGCAGGCAUGAAGAAGUGGUUCAGGUCCUUCGUAACGCAGGGGAAGAAGUGACCCUAACUGUGUCCUUUCUGAAAAGAGCACCUGCUUUUCUCAAACUGCCUCUGAAUGAAGAUUGUGCAUGUGCCCCCAGUGACCAAAGCAGUGGCACAUCCUCUCCUCUAUGUGACAGUGGUUUGCAUCUCAACUACCAUCCCAACAACACGGAUACAUUAUCAUGUUCCUCAUGGCCAGCAUCUCCAGGACUUAGGUGGGAAAAAAGGUGGUGUGAUCUCCGAUUAAUUCCACUUCUUCAUUCGCGGUUUUCCCAGUACCUUCCAGGAUCAGAUUUGUGCAGGCAAAAUGCGUUCCAAGUAAUUGCUGUGGAUGGGGUUUGCAGUGGAAUAAUUCAGUGUCUCUCUGCUGAAGACUGUAUUGACUGGCUACAAGCAAUAGCAAGUAACAUUUCCAACCUCACAAAGCACAAUAUUAAAAAAAUCAACAGGAAUUUUCCCGUAAACCAGCAGAUAGUCUACAUGGGCUGGACGGAAGAACGGGAACAAGACUCCCUUCAGGAUCGAAUGUACACACCAAAGUUUCUAGCAUUGAGGGGAUCCUCCCUAUAUAAAUUUUUAGCACCUCCAGUCACAACCUGGGAUUGGACACGAGCUGAGAAAACAUUUUCAGUUUAUGAGAUAAUGUGCAAAAUUCUCAAGGACAGUGAUCUGCUGGACCGGCGGAAACAUUGCUUCAGCGUCCAGUCUGAAUCUGGGGAAGAUCUUUAUUUCUCUGUGGAGCUAGAAUCUGACCUAACACUAUGGGAAAAAGCCUUCCAAACAGCAACUUUUUUAGAAGUUGAACGGAUACAGUGCAAGACAUAUGCCUGUGUUUUGGAGAGCCAUCUUAUGGGACUUACCAUCGACUUCAGCAUGGGCUUUGUCUGUUUUGAUGCUGCUACAAAGGCUGUCCUUUGGAGGUACAAGUUUUCCCAGCUCAAAGGUUCUUCAGACGAUGGGAAGAGCAAAAUCAAAUUUUUGUUCCAAAACCAAGAUACUAAACAAAUUGAAGCAAAGGAGCUGGAAUUUUCCAACCUGUUUGCAGUCCUUCACUGUAUCCACUCAUUCUUUGCAGCCAAAGUGGCUUGUUUGGACCCUUUGUUUGUUGGCAGUCAAGCCACAGCUUCUGCUGCUCCCACAACUUCUGGUACUGGCAAAUUAAAGUAUACUACUUGA